AUGAUGCGCAGAUCGGGGCUCUGCGGAGGACACAACCCCAGAUUAGAAAAAGCAUGUCUGUCCCCUGCACCUGUGCUUCCGACAGUAAACACGGCUCGGACUUUCACCCUCUUGGCAGACACACAGGCUUUUGAAGAAGGUCACCUGGUUUCCCUGGACCCGAUGAAGCAGUUUGGUGACUGGUUUGAAGAGGCGGUGAAGUGUCCAUCCAUCCAGGAAGCCAACGCCAUGUGCCUCGCCACCUGUACCAAGGACGGAAAGCCCUCUGCUCGAAUGUUGCUUCUGAAGGGGUUUGGACCCGAGGGUUUUAAGUUUUUCACAAACUACGAAAGCAGGAAGGGGAGGGAGCUGGAGAAUAACCCGUUCGCUGCGAUUGUCUUCUAUUGGGAGCCCCUGAACAGGCAAGUGCGCAUCGAGGGGCGCGUGGCCAGGUUGCCGAGGGCGGAGUCCCAGGACUACUUCCACUCGCGGCCCAGGAGCAGCCAGAUCGGGGCGCUGGUCAGCCGACAGAGCACCGUCAUCCCCGACCGACAGUUUUUGAGGACAAAGAAUUCAGAACUGGAGGAACUCUACAAAGCGCAGGAGGUGCCAAUGCCUGACUACUGGGGCGGCUAUCUCCUCGAGCCCGACUCCAUAGAAUUCUGGCAAGGGCAGACCAGCCGUCUGCACGAUCGCAUCGUGUUCCAGCGCCCGAAGGAGGGGCAGGAAUCUGACUCCACCCUCACCCACAAGGCCGAGGGCAACUGGGUUUAUCAGAGACUGUCACCGUGACAUCGGCCGCGGGCCAGCCCUUUCCGUCCGAUCUGAACGCCGCCGCUCGCCUCUUCCAGACUGUCCGAUCUCACCUCAGUCGUAGUGAAAGGGCCAUGCGGUGGGUCCGGAUCUCCCGCCGUCCCCUGUCCCUGCACAGCCGCCCGCCCGCCUGCCUUCCUCGUCGCUCGUGCCCCUCCUGACCGCCCACCUCCUCAUUCUGUACUGAGCCUGCCCAGUCUGGCGGCGACCCUCCCAGCCUCGACCUGUGAAGUCCUGCCGCCCCGCCACCAUUUUGUUAACCACCCGUCCGCGCCUGUACAAUUAUUGAGGGAGGUGUGGAGGAGAGGGUCCUUUGCUGGAAAAGCGCGGAGGUUGCCCCUCCAUGGUGUGUGGACCAGAUGGUCCUUCACUGUAAGAUGAAGGAGAGCCCCUCCUCUGUGUAGGGAAGAGAGGGUCCUUCACUGUAGCUAAAGGAGAUCCUUCCAUUGUCUAGGACAGAGAGAGUUCUGUAGCUACAAGGAGAUCCUUGCAUUGUCUAGGACAGUGAGAGUCCUUUAGCUCUAAAGAAUUCCUUUCAUUGUCUCGGACAGUGAGAGUUCUGUAGCUACAAGGAGAUCCAUUGUCUAGGACAGAGAGUGUUCUGUAGCCACAAGGAGAUCCUUCCAUUGUCUAGGAAAGAAAGGGUCCUUAAGCUACAAGGAGAUCCAUUGUCUAGGACAGUGAGAGUUCUGUAGCUACAAGGAGAGCCUUCCAUCGUCUAGGGAAGGGAGAGUCCUUCCCCACCAUUUUGGCCGUCCAUACAAUCUAUUAUGGGUCCACUGAAAACAAGUUCCAGUGCAGAGAGAUUUGGGGUGAGAGUUCUGGGGCUCCAGACCAGGCGCUCAGAAGUCAUUGUGAAUAUGUGGUGACCUCAGAUUUAUAGGGAUGUGUGGGCAGUGUUUGGCCCCGUUCAUUGGUGUCAGUCCAGGUGAUCUGUCCAGGCUACUUCCACAGCCCAGGCCCCAGCCCAUGUCUUUCAAAUUCUCAUCCAAGUGCUUUGUCAAUGCGAAGAGGGUCUCUGACUCCGCCACCCUUUCCAGGAAAAAGUUUUGGGCUGCCUCCAUUCCCAUCCCACCCAUCUGUCAGGGAGAAGGUUUCUCUUCGGCCGCCCACACCCAACCUUCGACUGGUAACAACCGCUUAUUGACUGACCUCGAUCAGGGAAAUGGCUCCUACCUGUCCCCUCCCUCGACAUCCCUUGAACUGAUGCUCCGAGCUCACUCAGAGUCGAGGUUAAAUCUGCAAUCUUUACAGCCUUCCAUCUGGGCCUGGAGGAGAGGAUUGUGGGCCGCAGGGUUGGGUGGGGGGGGGGGGGGCAGGUGCAGAAGUUGCCUCAUUCCAACAAGUUCAAGUUCGAGUUUAAUUGUCAUUCAAACUCGUGCAUGAACACAGCCAAACGAAACAGUGUUCUUCCAGGGUCAAGGUACAAAACACAAAACCAACAGUCACGCGCGGCACAAAUCAUUAUGACAGCAGGAAAUCCGACAGUUACAAGAAUUAAUACCGAAAGCUUAAUAAUCUAGCCCGUCCCUGAGUGUCAUGGCCUGGUGGUGCACGGGAUGUUGUCCUGAAGCCACGUUUCUGCCGAGACCAGCUCACAGCAGUUUCUCAUCUCACGCAGACGAAUGCAAUCCAGCUUGUCUUCCACUGAGCACACACUGGAGGGCAGCACUACCGGGGGAAGCGGUGGGGGGCAGCCCUCAACUCUGCACCACUCUGAUGUCUCCUCCCCCCGACGGGUGCUCCAGGGAGCGGGCCACGACCUUGCAUUAGCAACAGCCCACUCUGCUCAUUACAAAUUGGCUGAAGCACCUUCAAUUCGCAGCUUCAUGCAUAUUAAUGCAUAUCAUGAAUAUUAAUUUGUGGUAAUUUUAUGAACAUGUGGCAGGAUUGUAAUGUGACCAUGUGACUCAGCAGAUGCUGGAAUGGACCAAUGGCUUUCUCUGUCCAGUGAGUUCCCUGCCCAGCCCAAGUGGUUGUCCAUCGAGCCCCCUUCUACCCUGCCCCCUGUAGCCUACCCGAGAGCUUAGACUGAAUCAAUAAGGAUCAACUUUAUUCACCAUGUACCACUCAGUGGCUAUAGUAUUGGGUACACCUGUACGCCUCGUUAACGCAAUUAUCUAAUCAGCCAAUCAAGCGGCAGCAAUUCGAUGCAUGAAAGCAUGCAGACAUGGUCGCGAGGUUCAGCUGUUGUUCAGACCAAGCGUCAGAAUGGGAGAAGAAAUGUGAUCUAAGUGACUUUGGAAUGAUUGUUGGUGCCAGAUGGGGUGGUUUGAGUAUCUCAGAAAAUCUUGAUCCCUUGGGCUUUACACUCCUAACGGUAGGGUGAGGCGGUUAGCAGGACACUAUCACAGCUCGGGGUCGAAGUUUGGAGUUCAGCUCUGGUGUUCUGUAAGGAGUUUGUAGGUUCUCCCCGUGACCACGUGGGUUUCCUCCGGGUGCUCCGGUUUCCGCCCACAGUCCAAAGGGGUACCAAUUGGCAGGUUAAUCGGUCAUAGUAAAUUGUCCUGUGAUUAGGCUAGGUUGAGAGAGGUGGGCUGCUGGGCUGUGCAGCUCGUUGGCCUGGAAGGCCCUUUUCUGCACAGAAAUAAAUAAAACAGGUCUGAGGGAUUUACAGAGCAUGGCGCAAGAAAAAAAAAUCUGUGGGCGGAAAUGCCUUCCCGAGCAAUGAGAAGAGAGCACGUCCUGGGUCAUGGGGGCCAAUCGUGAUGGACGCCCCCUUUUUGAGCAUUACCUUUAGAGGGUGUCCUGGAUGCUGGGGAGGCUGGUGGCCGUGGUGGAGCUGGCCGAGUUUACACCUCUCUGCAGCUCAUUCCCGAUCCAGUGCAUUCCACCCUCUCCCCCGCCCACCAUACCAGACGGUGAUGCAGCCGGUUAGAACACUCUCCGCAGUACACCUGGAGAAACUUGCCAGUGUCUUUGGCGACACACCGGAUCUCCUCAGACUCCUGGUGAGACGCAGCCGCUGCCAUGUCUCCUUUGUAGCUGCAUCGAUACGUUGGGCCCUUGGAGAUGCUGGCCCCCUGGACCUUGGAACUGCUCCCCCUCUCCAUUACCGAUCCCUCGAUGAGGACUGGCGUGUGUUCCCUCGACUUCCCCUCCCUGACAAUCGAUCCCUUGGUCUUACUGACGCUGGAUUCUAAAAGGAGGCACACCUCUUGGUUCAAUAUUAAAGUUUAUCGUCGUCAGACCGUAAAAUUGUACAACCGAGCGAAACAACCACCACGGCGAACCCUCGCAACAUACAUCACACACAGCACAAAAAAAAUUAUACCAGAAAUAAGUUAAUAAAUACGAUUCAAAAUGCAUGCACAGGUGAGCAGUGAACAGCUGGCUGUCCCAGUGACGAGUCCUUUGGGGGGUGGGGGGUAUUUAGGCAGGGUAUUCAUUGGUCUCACAGCCUGGGGGAAGAAGCUGCUACCCAGUCCUGGUCCUGAAUCCUGGAGGCUCUUCCUUCCAUGUUUUAUGUCCACCCGUUGAACCGUGUACCUCCUUCCUGAUGGUUCCUCCUUCCACGUUUUACCUUCACCCGUCGACUCGGUGUGCCUCCUUACUGGCGGUAGUGGGUCAGAGAGACUGUGGGAUGGGUGGCAGGGAGCCUCAGCAGUGCUCCCGGUACACAGUGGGGAGGGAGACCCCGGCGAUCCACUCGGUGGGGGUAUUCAUAGCGAAUGUGUACGUGAUAGGACUGUAUGUGGGCAUUUUCAACUCUUUGACAGAGAUCAACAUGUGCAUUGUGUUCAGCAGUUGGUGUUAUUACCUUGUGAUUGUUGUUAAUAAACUGUGAUCUCCAA